UUCGCGUGCGGAGGCUCUCCGCCCGCUGCUGCUGCUGCUUCUGGCCGGUGUGCCGCGCGCGCUCGGCGCCUGCGCCCGGGGCCACUGCGACGUCGGCGGCGGCGGAGGGAGGAGGGCGGCAGCGGCAUGCCUGCAGAGCGGCGGACCGCAGCGCGGCCGGACGGCACCACCGGGCCCUGACCAUGGAGGCGUGCGGCGGCGCCGCCAACGGCUCGUGCGUCGCCGGCGGCAGCAACAACCAGAGCGACGUCGACGGUGGAGGGGGGCCCGGGGCGCCGUUCAGCCCCUGGCUGACGGUUCUCAUCGGGUUGCUGAUCGGCCUCUGCAUCGUGCUCACCGUGGCCGGCAACCUGCUGGUGCUGGCCGCGUUCGUCGUCGAGCGUGCCAUCCGGCAGCCGAGCAACUACUUCAUCGCCUCGCUGGCGCUCUCCGACCUGCUCAUCGGGCUUGUCUCGAUGCCCUUCUACGCCGUGUACGUGCUGGUGGGCCGCUGGGAGCUGGGCGCCGUGCCGUGCGACUUGUGGCUCGCCACGGACCACACCGUGUGCCUGGUGUCCAUCUACACGGUGCUGCUGAUCACCAUCGACCGCUACUGCUCGGUCAAGAUAGCGGCGCGCUACCGCAGCUGGCGCACGCGCGGCCGCGUCGCCUCCAUGCUGGCGGCCACCUGGGUGCUGCCGUUCGUCGUCUUCUUCGUCAGCAUCAUGGGCUGGGAGCACUUCACCGGCGUGCGCGAUCUCGAGCCGGGCGAGUGCGCAGUCCAGUUCCUCAAGGACCCCGUGUUCAACACGUCGCUCAUCUUCGGCUACUUCUACGCCACGCUGGUCGUGCUCUUCGUGCUCUACGGCGGCAUCUACCGCACGGCGCGCGACAUGCAGCGGCGCUCGGCGGCCAAGCAGCGCCGCAUGCAGCUGCUCGUGGCCAUCGGACGGCGGCCCCCGCCUCAGACCACCUGCCGACCGGUCGAGCAGCCCGGAGUCGGAGACGACGAGGCCACGUCGCAGCAACAGAGGGAGGCGCCGCAGCGCCGAGACAGCAGCCGGUCCCGGGGAGGAGGCCGGCGUCGCGUCGCCGGCGGCGGCGAAGGUCAGGACGACAAGAACUCCGGGCCCAAGGCGACGGUCGCGACGGCGGUCAAGCUCAUGGUCGUCGAGAGCUCGGCCGGAAGCGGAAGCGGGUCCACGACGACGACGACGACCACGACGACAACGACCGCGCGGUCCCUGCUGCCGGGCGCGCUGUCGCGCGAGUCAUCGACCCGCAGCCGGCUCGUGUCGUCCUUCAGCAAGCGCAAGAAGGAGCACAAGUCCGAGAACAACCGGGCGCGCAAGGCGUUGCGCACCAUAUCGUUCAUCCUGGGCGCGUUCGUGCUCUGCUGGACGCCGUACCACAUCUGCGCGCUCGUCGAAGGGUUCUGCGCCGACUCGGCUGGCUGCGUUAACCACCACCUCUUCUAUUUCACCUACUUCCUCUGCUAUGCAAACAGCCCCAUCAACCCGUUCUGCUACGCGCUGGCCAACCAACAAUUCAAGAAGACCUUCUACAGGCUGCUGCGCGGCGACCUGCACAAGACCUAGAGAGUAUAAUUGAUGGGGAAGGGGGGUUGUAGAAAGAGAGCCCAGUCAGUUCGCGUAUACAUGUGUCAUUCCGGUGUGUCUUGUUGUCGUCGUCGUCGUCGUCGAAAACGUGCCUGAGUGCAAAAGCAGGCCGACCGCCCUGUUUCCACGCCACUCACUCAGUCCGGUCCAGCGCUGUGUGUUUUUGUUUUUUUUCUCUUCAGACGCCACAUUUGCCUCGGUCCUCAAGUUGUGUGCUAGACUCGCCAUCGAAGGAAACAAAAAAGCAAGCGUCGUCAAGUGUGUCAUCUGCGUGUGAGCGCCGUCUGCCCGACAAGGCGCAAAAAUAAACACAAGCUUGCCGAUCUUUUUAUAUACUGUGUACGCGUUGCGGUGAAUCGACUGCGCGGCGACGUUACUUAGUGACAUAUCCCAAGACCGCCUCCACACAACAAACGAACUUAGGAUUACUGUUUUCAUAGUUACCGUUAGCUUAAACGUCGAAUAAGAAUGAACGAAAACCCGGCUAGCAUAUAGUUCGUCGGUCUUGGUGUUAGUGGUAGAUUAAAACGAUGUGAUAUGCAGAAGUGUAGCGUACGGGCACUUUUGUGAGAUGCGGUGAAAUCCGAAGGAAACAAAUACAAGUUGAGUUUGAAUUAUU